AUGUUUUUAGAACAUUGCCGUUUGCGAGCUAUUAGCCGUGAGAAAACAGUGGCUAAUAUUAAUAUCACUGUCCAUUAUCCAGCCAAUCAUAUUUUUGUGAGACUGCAAGUGCUCAAAAAGGCCAAUGGAUACAAGCCUUGGAUAAUUGAUUCGACCAUAGAUGCAUGCGCUUUUAUGCGAAAACCAAAUGAACCAGUGGCCAAAAUUAUAUUUGGUUUGAUCAAAGACAAAUCUACAAUCAAUCACACGUGUCCCUUUGUGGGCUUACAACAAGUUAAGGACUUCUAUUUGAAGCCUGAACUGAUGCCUUUGCCUUUUCCUACAGGUGAAUAUGCAUUAUUUUUGACUUGGAUAUUUUCGGGCAAGCCUCAAGUUAUAACAAAUAUAUAUUUCACGUAUACCGAGGAUCUGAUUAAGCAAUAA